AUGUUUGUCCAGACCAUCAUCGCGCUGUCAGCUGCACUCGGUUCAAUGGCCAUCCCCGCCGCUGCGCCUGGAAGUGUCCAAGCAGUCGAGCGAGGUUUGGCGAGUUCCCCUCUCAACACGACGCUCUCCAGUCGCCAAUCACCACCAGAAUGGGUUCAUUACAAGAUCAGCAUGUGGGGAAUGGCGACUUGCCACGCCACGUUCAGCAGCGGCCCGGUCGUCAACAGCGCUCUCAACGAUGGCACAGUCGUUCACGUCAAGAUCGAUGCUUCGGGUGCCAAUCCCAUGACAUGGGACGCCAUGAACCCCAUGAAUUCGAUCACCGGCGGCAAUUACGAUGCUCUGCAGGACCAAUAUUGCUUUGACUUGCACUCGUCCGCUCCUCUGUUCCCAUACGACCACUGCUACUGCGGUGCAAUGCAGACUUGCACUUUCUGCAUCGGUCUGUCCGGUGGUAUCAGCAACAACGGUAACUGCCAGUUCUACUCUGCCUGCGGUGGCUCGGACUGCGAGGGCCCUUCGCCCCCCAUUGUGGAGACCAUGCAAUGCACGCCCGUCAACACAUGGGCCGUCUCUGCCAUCGACGAUGGCACUUUCAACAGCUAG